AUGAUCGGUCUCGCAUGGGUAUCCAGGUCAUUAAACCAUUCGCAAGGAAAACGAGGAUUCAUUUCUACACUGAUAUGUUUCAUUUGUGUUGGAAUUCUGUCAUACUGCGUGUCUACGAGCCACUCGAUCGGUAUUAGUCGUGUUUCAGUAAAAAAAGUUGAAAUUGGGUUUUUCAGUGCUCAUGGCGGCGUUGUGGCUCACAAUUUUCGCGUUUUGUUCCCAGUUCGCAGCUUUGUAUUCGAUGUCGAUCACCAACAAACCUACGCAUAAAUUCAGUUACGGAUUGGCACGAGUUCCAGUGUUGGCCGUUUUCAGUACUACUGUAAGUCAUUUGAUAAGUAAAAAAGCUUCAAAGUAAUUGUUCAGGUAUUAGCCCAGUUGUUCUCGAUAUUUUUGUCGAAAGAAUCGUUUGAGCACUUGUUAUCACCUGAUCAUCAUGGCACACAUGAUGCUUCCGCAGCUCAUGAUCACGAAGUAGAGGAGACAGGUCGGUGUCUCAUUUAUUCCCCGCAUCGUAAAGUCUUUCAGGUGGAUGGCCGUAUUUUGUCGGCUCAAUCGCUUCGGCCGUAGCGUUGUUGCUCUCUGCGUAUGCAUUGAAGAACCAGCCGUUCCAGCACGUUCUCUCUUCGGCAACUGCCUCUAGUCUCCAAGAACAUGCCGCCGAUUUGUCGCACGCCAUCUGCUGGGUCAUUCCGGGACUGUCUCGGUUACUUCUCCCCCGCAUCAACUCUAUGGUUUUGCUGGCGGCAACCACAAGUGGAUUGUUGAUGCUUUGCGAGCAUUUCAAGUAAGUUUUGAGCGUUCAAAAGUUUUCAAAAGUGUUCUUCUUGUAGGCAUGAUUUCGCGUGGGCCGAUCCAGUGUGCUGUCUCGUUCUUUGCGUUGCCGUCUUCUCCUCAAUGUGGCCACUCUCCACCUAUACGGGCAUGAUUCUUUUGCAGACAACACCGCCGCAUCUGAUUAUGCAAAUCGACAGGUGACCUCCCUUCGAAAUCCCACGGAGUUAUUUUGAAAUUUUGUUUCAGAUGUAUUUCGGAGGCGUCUCACAUCGACGGAGUGCUCGAGCUCAAGAGCGGACGCUUCUGGCAACUCGACUUCAAUCAAUUGGUUUGCAUAAUAAUUUCUCGGAAAACAUGAACAUCCUUGUUGUUUCCAGGUUGGUACAGUCGACGUAAGAGUGCGAAGAGACGCAGAUGAGCAGAACGUGCUGCUCCACGUCACUGAGAAGUUCUCUUCAGUGGUCACCACACUUACGGUUCAAGUGGUCAAGGAUGCUGCCUGGUCAGCAGGAGACCCAUCUGUGGCGUAUUCUAAUGGAGACGUGCACGGAUCAUACGGACACAGCCAUGAUCAUCAUGAUGAUCAUCACGGACACUCGCACGGUGAAAAUGAUAAUCACGGACACAGCCACGAUGCUCAUGAACAAAGUCAGGAUACUCACGGACAUUCUCAUGA